UAGAAGUUGAGACAGACACAUAUGUCACAUUGAGAACAGACAGAAGACUUAAAGUGAAAGGUUUGCAAUGGGUAAAACGGGAAUGAGAUUUUUGUUGAUGACACUCUUUUUUGCAACAAUAAAGAGAGAUGAUGCAGCAGGCCAUGCAAAUGUCACAGCACACUGUCCUAUGCCUAAACACUGUAAUGUGGCUGGCUUUAAUGACUGGUACAAAGUGGGCAGGGAAUGUGUCAAUUAUUUCAACACGAAUCUCAACUUCUCUGAUGCUGAGUUCAGCUGUAGGAGCAAAGUCCCUGGUGGACACCUGGUGUCACUGCAUAAUAAACGGGCAAACGAUGAUAUACAAUGCAUUGUGGAGAAGUUGAACCCAAAACACCUUCGCAUUUGGCUUGGGGGCUAUGAAUUUUUUAAGACUGGCAAAUUUUUUUGGACUGAUGGUUCCCACUGGGACUAUGAAAUCUGGACACCUGGUGAGCCUAACAACAUCUUCACUAGCACGGAGGAUUGUGUGGAGAUGAACUGGAACCACGUCGGCAAGUGGAAUGAUGAUUCUUGUAUGAACAAGAAAUCCUAUUUGUGUGCCUUCAAGCUAAAAUGCAACUCUGAGCAGUAGACCGAUCUGGGUACCAUCCAAUAAUUCCAUGUUCUCCACUGACACCAAAAAACAUAAAAAAAAUACAUUCUUAAAUGACUUUAAAAUGAUAAUAAAAAACUUUU